AUGGCGGUUGGAAAGAACAAGCGCUUGUCGAAGGGCAAGAAGGGUGUGAAGAAGAGGACCGUUGAUCCUUUCUCCAGGAAGGACGAAUACUCUGUCAAGGCGCCUUCCACUUUCCAGAUCAGAGAUGUUGGGAAGACUCUGGUCAACCGCACCAGUGGUCUCAAGAACGCCAAUGACUCCCUGAAGGGUCGAAUUUUCGAGGUCUCGCUCGCUGACCUGCAGAACGAUGAAGACCAUGCUUUCCGCAAGGUUAAGCUUCGUGUGGACGAGGUUCAGGGCAAGAACUGUUUGACCAACUUCCACGGUCUCGAUUUCACAACCGACAAACUGCGAUCCCUCGUGCGCAAGUGGCAGUCGCUGAUCGAAGCCAAUGUCACCGUGAAGACGACCGAUGAUUAUCUCCUUCGGCUUUUUGCUAUCGCCUUCACCAAGAGACGCCCGAACCAGAUCAAGAAGACCACAUAUGCUCGUUCUUCUCAAAUUCGUGCCAUUCGCAAGAAGAUGAUCGAAAUCAUGCAGAGGGAGGCAGCCAGCUGCUCUCUCGCUCAGCUCACUCACAAGCUCAUUCCCGAGGUCAUUGGUCGUGAGAUCGAGAAGGCGACCCAGGGAAUCUAUCCUUUGCAGAAUGUCCACAUUCGCAAGGUCAAGCUUCUUAAGGCUCCCAAGUUCGAUCUGGGUGCGCUGCUGAAUCUGCACGGUGAAUCUACGACCGACGACAAGGGCCACAAGGUCGAGAGAGAGUUCAAGGAGCAGGUCCUCGAAACCGUUUAAGUGGUCUGAAUCACCAGUAUUAUGGUGGUUGGGACAUUGAUUUGUACCUACCUGUAUGCCUGGAUUCUUUUUUUAUGAGUUAGAAUGGAAAAAGAACUUUUGUCGCGGCAUCAUGUCUUUAUCGACUGGUGGUGUCGUUCAAUUCUAUGUCCUUUAAG